CAAGUACGGAUAACAGAUAAAUAAGAUCUAUUACACCAGGUGUCUAUGAAAUGUCAACAAAUGUAUUAAUGACAAAUGUUUGUUUUCCCACUAAUAUCAUUUUGUGUUUAGUAAAAUUACUAGAUACGUCGAUAUUUAAAGGAACAGCCACAGAAGUUGCAAGCACCGCAUCAGUUCGUUUUAAGUGAGAAUCAUGAAGAUAUUCUGUAUCGCUCUUUGUUUAGCAGUCUUCUUGGCAGUCGAAGGCAAGCGCUGCUCUGGACCAGAUGACUGUGAAGCUGACCAAUGUUGUAUCGCAAGGAGCAUUCUUGGAUUCGUAAAAGGAGACUGCAAAAAAUUAGCUUCUAAAGGUGACCGAUGCAGCGUUGAAGAUGACAGGUUGCCAUUCCACGGAGAGAAAUACAUUUUGUUCUGCCCUUGCGGUAAUGGUUUGUCUUGUGAGCCCACAGAAGUCAAAGACAUUCCUUUUAUUGGAACAAUCCGAUUGGAUGAGAGGUGCACAGAAGGAGUCACUACUGCUCCCCCACCUGAAGCAUCAACAAAGCCUGAAGAACCAGAACCAGAACCUGACACUGAAUAAGAAAUAAGACAAUUUAAAAACGAAAUUUAUUUGUGAAACACAUUGAGUUCCGUUAGAUUAAUGUUGGAUGGUUUAUGAAAAUAAAAAAAGCUGAAAAUUG